AUGUCCUAUGCAUUCAACAACUUUGAUCUCAUCCAGUCCCACUUCACUCAUGUUGAUGAAGGCUCCAACAUGCAGAUGAUGUCAGUAGGUAGUCAGGAUGACUACAUCAAGUGUGGGUGUGGCACUGUCAUUGGUGCUUAUGACAACACCCUGGAGGAGGUGAGCCCUGUUGGGAUAGGGCAUGUUUGGCAGCAUGAGGAGCCAUGCAACAACAAGUUUGUUGGAGAGGAAACUGCAUGCUGUGGAAAUCAUGGCAGUGAUGUGCCAACAGCUAUGGGACCUGCAAGUGUGGGUCAAGUUCAGGAAUGGGACAUAUACAGCAUUGUCCCCCAGGGCUGCAGUUAUCCCCAGCUUGGGGUUGAUGAGGUUCAUGGCAGUGAGGCUGGCAAAAAGGCAGGAGAACCUUCGUGCGCAGAUAUGGCACACAAUUGGGUUCCCCCAACCCCAAGUAGUCCCCCAAACCCCUGCUCCUCAUCAUCCUCCAGUUGGUGGGUGGAUCUCUCCACUCUUGGAUUGCCCUCCCCUGCUUUGGAUGCCUGGCAUAUUCCCAGCCCAGAGGUUACUGAAAUGAACCCCCCCCCCCCCCCCACUGUCGCUGUCGAAGCAGAUCAAACAGGAGAGCCUGGAGCCACUGGCAUUGAGAUUCAAGUCUCCCCCCCUCCCCCCUUGUCAUCUGGGACUUUGGAGUCAGACGGCCUCGACCCAUGGCACAUCGAGCUGUGUGACCUGCUCGAGGCCUAUGUCCAGCGGUCAGCAUAUCACCUGGCCACCAAGUCGUUCUGUCCCGCAGUCGUCAAACCCAGAGUAGAUGGAGAUACACAGCCCCAAGUGCUCCUGAAAGUGCUUGGCAAAGUGGUGGCAGUGUUGGCCCAUCCUUGUUGGGGUUCAGGAGGGUGGCUGGAGGAAAGUGGUCGGUUCCCAUAG